AUGGCCCGCAACCAGCGAGAUUUGAAUGCUCAGAAUGAGGCUGCUGAGGAGGAGAAGAAGGAGGAGGUGGAGGUGGAUAAUCCAUCCAGCGGUUGUCUGGACUGUGCCGCCCAUCUGGCCACCAUAAGAUCAUUGGAAAAGCAAGUCUCUGAGCUGAAGGCCGGGAUGAAGUUUGAGCUUCUGGAGUCGAGGAUUGACGUGCACCCUUCUGGGAGAUCAGUGGCAAGGGAGUCGGAGUGUCCUAUUGAGGAAGAGCGUGAAGAACCAGAUGAUGAGGAGCUCCAGGGCGAGGCCGGUCCGUCGGAGGAUGGUCCGUGCGAUGCAAUUCAAAGCGACAAGUCCCAGGGUGAAAAGUUUGAGUAUAAGAAUGAGGAUUGGGAUUGGGAGGAAGAGCACGACGAUGAUUGGGGGGCCACAGAUCUCGGCAGGCCGCGGGAUUCCAGCGAUGAUGAGGGUCUCCCCAAUGAGACAGCAAAACAGCGUCUUCGCCGUAAAGCAAACAAAUUGUUUGGAAAGAAGAACAGUAGAAGGCAAGCAAUGAAACUCCAAUUCCCCAAAUGCAUCGUGGCCUACAUUGAGGAAUAUCUGAAAAAUAUUUUCCCGCAGAAUGGGUCGAGGAAAAAGAAUAACUAUGCUGUCACGCAAAUGAGCCGAGUCCUGUUUUUCGUGUCCUAUAUGAUUGAGGGAUGGCAGUCGCAGAAUAUGUGGGACUGGCGGUUCCUUGACAACGGGCCUCACUUACAGAAAUUCCCCGAGUUGUUGCAUGCCAAGGGACCUGAAAAUCUCGACACGUAUUCAGUUCAUGAGGCACGUGCAACAAUUUAUCAAGUACCUGAGGAAAAACCGACCAAUAUAUAUUCGCUUGAAAAGGGAUCGCCUAUCCCUGGUGCAUGA